AGAAAAAGGAUUUCCAGAAGGAGCGACAGACAUGAAUACAAUAGGGGGAUUUAUUUAUGGAAAUGGAAAACAACGAGAAGAUAUUGAGACUAAAUGUAUAUGUUGGAGAGGACAUGGAUAUUGUAAAAAGCAUGAACAUGAAAUAGAAAUUGAUAGAAAUUCUAAAAGAUGUAUAUCAUGCGAAAAGGGGUUAAGUUUACAGAAUCAACCAAAUCAAAGAAAGGAAUUUGAUUAUUCGCAAUGGGAUCAAACGAAUGAUAUUGAUCAAAAUAUAAAUUGGGGACCAUCAGAAAGAUCAACUUGGGGAGAUGAAGUUAAUGAUACUUAUGCAAGUAGAGUUCAAAAUAGAAAUAAUAAUCGAAAGAGAUUUCCGUAUAAUUCAAAAAGUAACGAGAAUUUAAGGGGAAAUAAUUAUCAAGAACAAAACAGAAGAAUUUUACAAAGACCAACAUCAAUGGGGAAUUUACGACAGGGAUUUGUAAUGGACCAAAAAGAAGUUGAUCGAAGAAUUAGAAUUAUUCUUGAUAUGAGUAAUACUAAAAAAGGAGUCAUUAACAGAAAAGUUGAAGAACAAAAUUUACCGUGUAAAAAAUGUAAUGCAGUAAUAGGCGAAUUUCACGUUUAUAUGGGAGUAACAAAAUGUAGAAAAUGUUUAGAAGAUUUGGUAAAGAAUCCAAGAACAUGGGAAUGUAUAGUUGAAGAAUUAAAUGAUAUGAAAAAUUCGGCAAGAGAAUUGGGAAUUAAUCUUAAAGGAGUAACAAAUUAUCAAAAAUUGAGAAGGGAUGCAGAAGGAAAUAAUUAUGUUAGAAGAAAAUGGUAGGAGAUUUUAUUAGUUUUUAAAUAGUGUGGGUUUUUUACUAUUUUUAUCAAAAAAAUAUUUUAUUUAUUAUAUUAAUAAUAGAUGUAUGGCUUUACUAAG